AUGAAAAAUUAUCGAUAUUUCAUUUUGUUUUAUCAAAUCUCCUCAACUCUUUUUGAACUACUUCUCCACUCUGUGACAAUGGAAUUUUAUUUUCCGGCUCUCGGCGCUCGAUUGUAUGGCUUUUUAUAUGAGAUAUUUCAUAUCCAUGUGACAAUACUAUUUGAAAUUGGACUGUUCUUGAUUUUGAAUACGCUCCUAGCCACAGCUCAAUGCUUUAUUUAUCGACAUCGAUUGCUGUUACCGGAAGAUCAUUGGUUGAGAUUUUCAUUGCGCAAUUGGGUCCUCAUUCUAGUUUUUCAUUAUUUUCUUUUUCUAUUUAUUGGUUCUAUCUCUAUUCUUCGAUUACCGCUUGAACAUCCACCAAAUGCACAAGGAUUGGAGAAGUUGUUGGAAGAUUACCCAGAAUAUUCAUUCCUCGGAACUGACGUCAAUGCCUGGAUUGCUUACAUUUAUCAACCAAUCUUCCCACCAAUUCUCAAUUUCUCUUCGAAUUGCUAUUCUUUUCAAUUUCCUUCG